AAGUGACCGACGACUGUUUUAUGACGUGAUUCAAAAAUUCUUCAUAAAAACAAAAUGGCAGCCUCGGCAAAGUUGGAAGACAAGGCAAUUUGGGAAGAUGGAGAGGAUUCAGUUGGUGAGGAAGUAUUACGGAUGUCAAACGAUGAAAUCGUUGGACGAACUAGACUGUUGGACAAUGAAAUCAAGAUAAUGAAGAGCGAAAUCAUGCGGAUCAAUCAUGAACUGCAAGCUCAAAAAGAAAAAAUCAAGGAGAAUCAAGAGAAAAUCAAAGUGAACAAAACUCUCCCGUACUUGGUGUCAAACGUGAUCGAGCUAUUGGAUGUAGAGCCAGAGGAUACAGGAGAGGCUGAGGGCGCUAACGUUGAUUUGGACUCGCAGCGUAAAGGCAAAUGUGCCGUCAUCAAAACCUCAACAAGACAGACAUACUUCCUGCCAGUCAUCGGAUUAGUUGAUCCAGAACAGCUUCAUCCCGGGGAUCUAGUCGGAGUCAAUAAAGACUCAUACCUUAUCCUGGAAACUCUCCCGCAAGAAUUUGAUUCUCGAGUGAAAGCCAUGGAGGUUGACGAGAGACCUACAGAGCAGUACAGCGAUAUCGGUGGGCUGGACAAGCAGAUACAAGAGUUGAUUGAGGCAGUAGUAUUACCAAUGACACACAAAGAACGCUUUGAAAACAUCGGUAUCCAGCCACCUAAAGGAGUUCUUUUGUACGGACCGCCGGGUACCGGGAAAACGCUCAUGGCCAGAGCGUGUGCAGCACAAACAAAGUCCACAUUCCUGAAACUCGCCGGACCUCAACUCGUCCAGAUGUUCAUCGGAGACGGAGCUAAGCUGGUCCGAGACGCCUUCGCCCUGGCCAAGGAGAAACUCCCGGCAAUCAUCUUCAUUGAUGAGUUGGAUGCCAUCGGGACCAAGCGUUUUGACAGCGAAAAAGCUGGGGACAGGGAGGUACAGAGAACGAUGUUGGAGCUACUUAACCAGUUGGAUGGGUUCAGCUCUAGUGAAGAGAUCAAGGUGAUUGCAGCAACCAACCGUGUCGACAUCUUGGAUCCAGCCCUCCUACGAUCCGGUCGUCUUGACAGAAAGAUAGAGUUCCCCAACCCCAACGAGGAGGCCAGAGCAAGAAUUCUACAAAUUCACUCCAGGAAAAUGAAUGUCGGAUCUGAUGUUAAUUUUGAGGAGUUGGCCCGGUGUACCGAUGACUUCAAUGGUGCACAAUGCAAGGCAGUGUGCGUAGAAGCAGGUAUGAUCGCAUUGAGACGAGGAGCUACUGAACUGGCUCAUGAGGAUUACAUGGAUGGCAUCCUAGAAGUACAAGCCAAGAAGAAGGCCAACCUUAACUACUACGCUUAGCUACUUCAACCACCUUACGAUAACCCUUCUUAGCAAAAUUAUUUUGCUUACUGGCUAUCAAAACUCUAACAAUCAGGGGCCGGCCAAUUUCAUAGAGUUGCUUAAGCAAAUAAUUUGCUUAAGCAUGAAAAUAGCUCGCUUAUUUUACACGUUACUG